CUUCACAGGUUCUUGUUCCUCCAUUUAAGGGAAGGGACUGUAGCUUUGGCGGAACGAUCGCAGGCACCACAUCUGACAACCCAGCCCAAACACCCACAUCGAGAUUCUUUCCUACUCAUCAUGGCUUCACAAUACCUCACAGAGAUGUUCUCCCUGGAGGGGAAGAUUGCAAUCUGUACCGGAGCGACGGGUGGCCUUGGAACAGCAAUGAGCUUAGCGUUAGUCAAGGCUGGAGCCUCGAUCGUCUCGCUCGAGCUUCCAGACGACCCUCUCUCUGCCGAAUUCAACAAGAAGAUCCACGAUGCGGGCGGUAAGGUGACGACGUUCCAUUGCAACCUGCAGAACAAGGAGAGCAUUCGAUCGACUUUUAGACAGAUCUGGGAUAGUGGCGUCGUUCCCGACAUCCUGCUCAACUGUGCCGGCGUCAUGAAGAGGAAUUUAUGUGAGAAUGCCACUGAUGACGAGCUUGAUCUGCUGGUUGAUGUCAACAUCAAGUCCUUCUAUGUAUGCAUGCAGGAGUUUGGGAGAAGAUUGCUCUCACUCAAUCGACCGGGCAAAAUUGUCAACAUCGCCUCGAUUACCUCUUAUCAGGCUGGAUUCAACACGAGCAUCUACUCUUCCACGAAAGGGGCUGUGCUGCAGAUGACCAAGGCCUUCAGCAACGAAUGGGCAGGCAAAGGCAUCCAAGUCAACGCAAUCGCUCCUGGCUUCAUGCAGACAAAUAUGACAGCACAGUACCGAGACAACCAGCAGAUGAUCGAUUAUUUGAUGAUGCGAGUCCCCAUGGCAAGAUGGGGCGAGCCAGAGGAUUUAGUGCCUGGGCUCUUAUUCCUUGUGGCUCCAUCGAAUAAGUUCACGUCCGGUAUUGCGUUGAUCAUCGAUGGCGGCUUUUGUGGGAAAUAAUCCUGGUGAUGGGAAUAUUUGAAACUCGCCUGGGGCCGACGAAGGAUAGGACAGUCUUCGUAAAAUAACUAUGUUAGUGAUAUUCCAC